CUUAAUCAACGCGUCUGUAUUGUGUUUACACUGUGAGUAUAGGUUUCUCAUCAAGCCUGGUGACUAAGAUUAUCAGUCUUAGCGAAGACGCACCCUUCUUCAUCUAGUGGAUUUCAAAGGCCUGGCUCAAGAAAGGACACACUAAGAAAGGACCAACAAUCCUUUCGAAAGGAUGAAGCUAUUCUACCCCAUACUGGUAAUUGUUCUUGCUGUAUCAGAGACGCAGAGCGAAUGGAGUGAGUCGGGGAAGUGGUCAGCGUGUUCUCGUUCUUGUGGAGGGGGUAUUACAUCUCAAGAACGCACAUGCAUUGGAGGGAAUUGUGUUGGCGAGAGCAAAACGUACAGGUCAUGUAAUAUCCAGGAUUGUCCGAACGGCAAUGGUGACUUUCGCAAGGAACAAUGUGCUGAGUAUAACUCUGUUCCAUUUGAAAAUAAAACAUAUGAAUGGGUUCCUUAUUCAGGCACUUUUACCGAUCCUUGUUCGCUGACCUGCAUGCCAAAAAACCACUUCUUCUUCAGCACGUUCAAAGAAAAAGUCGUUGAUGGAACACGUUGUUAUGAUAGAUCCUAUGAUAUGUGUGUUGAUGGGGUCUGUAAGAAAGCAGGCUGUGACUUGAUCCUUGGGUCUGAUGCAAAAGAAGACAAGUGUCGUGUUUGCAAUGGCAGAGGAAUUAACUGUAGAACGAUCAAGAAUAUCUACAAGAAGAGAACAACUGGGCUCGGAGCUUAUGUGGACAUCUUGGAGAUACCGACUGGGGCGACAAAUAUUCUCAUUAGCGAAGAUACCGCUUCUGGAAACUAUCUUGCUUUGAAAACCAAAGAUGCGUACAUUUUCAACGGCAAUCGUCGAAUUCGAGGUCCUUACAAAUAUAAAGCUGCGGGAACCGCCGUGGAUUAUCGGAAGAACGAAGGAGUGGAGAGCAUUCACGUCUUAGGACCAACAUCUGAAGCACUCUAUCUUGCGCUGUUACUGAGGAACGAAGAUGUCUCCAUUAGUUAUGAAUAUUCUGUCCCGAAAUCUCAGCAAGUUGUCGACAGCAUGAUAAGAUACUCGUGGAGGGUCGAUGAAUAUGGACCUUGUGACAAGAGUUGUAAUGGAGGCACGAAAACCCGCAAAGUGUAUUGCGUUCAGGAUCGCGACACGGCUGUUGAGAUCGACGAUGAAAAAUGUAAUGCAGAUCAAAAACCCGCCGAAGAAGCUGCUUGCAACGUUCAUCAUUGUCCACCAAGAUGGUUUGUUGGUGCAUGGUCGCCGUGUAGCCGCAGUUGCGGGCGAGGAACGCAGGUCAGACGUGUCCACUGUGAAAAAGACACGCCAAGUGGGAUACAAAUGGUGAAUGAAAAAUUAUGUCCUGGUGUCAAAGUUAUUACUCAAAGAAAAUGCGUUGAAUUGCCUGAAUGUCCAAAAUGGAAACUUGGAGAAUGGUCGCAGUGCAGUGCGUCAUGUGGCGGAGGUACUCGCAGUCGUUCAGUUCAAUGUAUGGAGAUCAACGACAACCUCAUCAGUGACGACAGAUGUCCAGAGCACAACAGACCGCGUAACCAGGAGAAAUGCAAUGAAACACCUUGUGCGGUUCGUUGGGUCACAGGGGAAUGGGGAGAGUGUCGUCCAUCUUGCGGUAAAGGGAUGAGAACUCGGCCAGUUUACUGCGCAAGCUCGUCGCAAACUGCCCGAAGGUAUCCCGACUAUAUUUGUAACCAGGAUAACAAGCCAAGUAUCAUGAAACCUUGCAAUAACACAGAGAAUUGUCCUGCAAUGUGGUAUGCAUCAAUGUGGAGCAAGUGCACUGCAAAUUGUGGCAAAGGCAUUCAAAUGAGGAACGUCUUCUGUGGCGUAAAGCGUCAACCACAGACUUUAACUAUUCUUUCAAACGAAAGAUGUCGUGGAUUGCCACAGAUGAAAAAGAUACAACAAUGUGUCAUUAAACCCUGUUACACGCAAUGGAUUGCGUUGUCCUGGCAACCAUGUUCAUCUUCGUGUGGUCGAGGAAAAAGGUUACGUAAUGUGAAAUGCUACGCCGAUAGCGAAGAGGAUGUAACAGAAAAGUCAUGUGAUCUGGGUACCAAACCUCCCGCCGAGGAUGUUUGCAACCUCGUCGACUGUCCUGGAGGAUCUAACCCAACGAGAGUUCCAACACCACAAACAUUACCAGUUCAAACAGCACGCCCCAAAAGAAGACCCCAGGGACCAUUGGUUAACCCAACUUCCACACCACGACCUCAGACCCCGAGACGAGCCACAAGACCACAAAUUAUAACGCAACGAACCCAAAUCGUCACGACGACCCAAGCCCCACCGGUUACCAGGCAACCAACACAAGCCACCAGAAAGGUACCAGGACGGUUAUCCACCACACUUUUCCCAACAAGACGGACGGAUAAUAUCGAUAAUGAUAAUGAUGGUAUACAUGGCAUGUCAAAACCAGCAGAGAUUAUUCGCGGACCAGAGAAUAUGGAGGCUGUUGUAGGAAGCGACAUCACAAUGCCGUGUGUGGCCACAGGCAACCCGAAACCAGAAAUUUUUUGGCUCAAAGGCAAUCUCGACGUGUCUGUAUUUGGGAGGCGUUUCCAAGUUGGGUCAGAUGGAACCCUAAGCAUUCUUCAAGUGCAGGAAGUGGACGAGGACAGUUACACUUGUGUGGCUAAUAAUGCUAUAUCACGCCGUUCACAACCUUCCUACCUCAGUGUUUUAACACCGCCGCACGUUGAAAUCACAUUGGGCUUUACCGUGAAGCAAGGUGAACCAGCUCGGAUUCAAUGUAAGGUCAGCGGAAGACCACGCCCUACGGUACAGUGGUAUAAAAACAGUCAACCGCUGCGCUUACAGAGAACUUCAAGAAUGACUGUCACGUCCCGGGAAAUAUACAUAAGAUCGACGACCCUAGAUGAUCAUGGGAACUAUGAUUGCAAAGCGACCAAUAAGAAUGGAGAGAGAAUUGCGCACAUGAUGCUUGAUGUAAUGCCAGACGAGCAGACGCGACUGAACGAUCUCAUGAACGGGAAUUGCAGAGACAUGGGUAAAUUCAUAGACUGCACGAUGGUGGGCAAGAUCGCUGGAUAUUGUGAAAAACCAUACUACCAGAAAGUCUGCUGUUUGACUUGUCGGACAAAGAAUAACCUUGGAAGGCGUUUGGAGGGUAUUUGAGAGAACAGUUCUUUGGCAAUAGUGAAAAUUUAAAUUUAGGAAUCUUGAAUCAGUUUAGCAUGUUAAACUGCUGUUUUCAAAUGAAGAUAUUAUAUAUUAACUGUUUCUCUAUAAUUAUAGUUAUUAUAUCAUAUGUUACUGAGUAUUCUAUACAGUUUUUGGCUAUUGUACGUUAUCAAUCAACAGUUGAAAUAUUUGGUUAAUGACCACGCAUGGACGACGAUGCUGAAUUUGAAACUGCCCGACACGACACGAUUAGCCGAGGAACCCGCUGACUAAGAGUUGAAUAGGCUCAUCGGUUGCAAAUUAUUCUAUUCUUGUAUUGGAAAUUCAAGAAGUUUUUCCAACGGAGUGUUUUGUAUCAGUAAAUAAACCUCUCAUUUGCAGCUUUGCCGACCUAAGUUUACUCAUACAUUUUAGGAAAUAACAGAACACGUUAUGUAAAUAAAAUUUUGACUUCUUUAGUUUACUAUGUAGGGUCGUUUGUUUAUUUUUAAGAAUACAGAAUUAAAAUAAAAUUUCUGU